CUGCGAGCCGGGAGCGCGGCCGCCACUGCCGCUGCGGCUGCGGCUGGGCGAAUGCGCGGGCGGCGGGGCGCGGGGCAGCGCUGAGCGGCGCGGACCGGCGAGGAGAGGCGCGGAGCGGGGCUGCCGCCUGGCCGGCCCCGGCUGCGGGCAGCCCGGGCACCGGCCCCCCGCGUCGGGCCGGGGCCACCGCGAUGGACGCUCCCGCGGGCAUCGCCCUCGUCCUGCUCUGCUGCGCGCUCGCCCUGCCCGCCGGCGCCCUGCGGCGCCCCGGGGACAGAGAUCCAAUUCUGAGGAAUAUAGAGGAGUACAGCCUUGUCAUCCCCACCAGCACCGAUUCAGAGGGCAGGUUCCUAUCCCACUUGGUGUCUGGACCGCCAAAAGCACGCUUCAGGAGAGCCACGGAGGACUUGCAGCAUGAAGCAGCAAAUGAGCAAAUAUUUUACAAUGUCACUGUUUUCGGAAGAGAGUUUCACUUCAGGCUGCGGCUAAACUCCAGGCUUGUGGCCCCUGGAGCAACAGUUGAGUGGCAGGAGGACUCUGAUGAGACUCACAUUGAACCUCUCUAUGGGAAUUGCCUCUAUGUUGGGGAUAUCACUGAUUUGCCAAAUGCUUCAGUCGCUAUCAGCAAUUGCGAUGGGCUGGCUGGCAUGAUCCGCACAGACAAGGACGAGUUCUUCAUUGAACCUCUGGAGAAGGGGGCCCAGGAGGAGGAGGAGGGAGGAGGCCGGACGCACGUGGUCUAUCGCAGAGCAGCUGCCAAGAAGCAGCUUCCAAUUGAGAAUGGGGAUACCCUGUAUGAAGCUGCUAACCUCACUAAUCUGGACAGUCUCGACAGUGCGUUGAGCUUUAUUGAAGACCGGGUGCAUAGAUCGAGGCAGCGCUAUCGAAGGCAUGCGACGGAGGAUGAUUACAACAUUGAAGUCCUUCUGGGGGUUGAUGACUCAGUUGUUCAAUUCCAUGGGAAAGAACAUGUCCAGAAGUAUCUGCUGACCUUGAUGAAUAUUGUUAAUGAAAUUUAUCAUGAUGAGUCCCUGGGUGCUCACAUUAAUGUUGUCUUGGUGAGGAUAAUCCUGCUGAGCUACGGCAAGUCUAUGAGCCUGAUAGAGAUUGGGAACCCUUCACAAAGCUUGGAGAAUGUGUGUCGCUGGGCCUACUUGCAACAGAAACCUGACACUGGGCAUGCAGAAUAUCACGACCAUGCUAUCUUUCUCACAAGGCAGGAUUUUGGUCCAUCUGGCAUGCAAGGCUACGCUCCAGUCACUGGAAUGUGUCAUCCUGUUCGAAGCUGCACUCUCAACCAUGAAGAUGGUUUUUCAUCUGCAUUUGUGGUGGCUCAUGAAACUGGACAUGUUUUAGGCAUGGAGCACGAUGGCCAAGGGAACAGAUGUGGUGACGAAGUCCGCCUGGGGAGCAUCAUGGCCCCUCUUGUGCAAGCCGCGUUCCAUCGCUUCCACUGGUCUCGUUGCAGCCAGCAGGAGCUGAAUCGAUAUCUCCAUUCCUACGAUUGUCUGCGUGAUGAUCCCUUCGAACACGACUGGCCUUCCCUUCCACAGCUGCCAGGAAUUCACUACUCCAUGAAUGAGCAGUGCCGGUUUGACUUUGGUUUGGGCUACAUGAUGUGCACAGCUUUCCGUACGUUUGAUCCCUGCAAGCAGCUGUGGUGUAGCCACCCUGAGAACCCCUACUUCUGCAAAACAAAGAAAGGGCCUCCGCUGGACGGGACCAUGUGUGCACCAGGAAAGCAUUGCUUUAAAGGCCACUGCAUCUGGCUAACCCCAGACAUCCUGAAGCAGGAUGGACACUGGGGGUCAUGGAGUAAGUUUGGCUCUUGUUCUCGCACGUGUGGCACCGGAGUGAAGUACAGGACACGGCAGUGUGACAAUCCACAUCCUGCCAACGGAGGCCGUACAUGUGUGGGGCCAAGCUAUGAGUUCCAGCUGUGCAACACUCAGGACUGUCCUAAGGACUUGGAAGAUUUCAGGGAGGAGCAGUGCCGACAGUGGGAUCCCUACUUUGAGUACCAGAACACAAAACACCACUGGCUCCCUUAUGAACAUGUCGAUGCUAAGGAAAGGUGCCACCUGUAUUGUGAGUCAAAGGAAACAGGGGAUGUGGUGUAUAUGAAAAGGAUGGUGCAUGAUGGGACCCGCUGCUCCUACAAGGACGCUUACAGCAUCUGCGUGCGGGGAGACUGCUUGAAAGUUGGGUGUGACAGGGUCAUAGGUUCCACGAAGCAGGAAGAUAAGUGUGGUGUUUGUGGAGGAGAUAAUUCCCACUGCAAAGUGGUGAAAGGGACAUUUUCAAGGAUACCAAAGAAACAAGGGCAUAUUAAGAUGUUUGAAAUUCCUGUUGGUGCAAGACAUUUACUUAUACAGGAAACCGACGCCACCAGUCAUAAUCUCGCAAUUAAAAAUCGUGAAACGGGGAAGUUCGUUCUCAGUGAAGACAACUACGUGCCAGACUCUAAAGUAUUUAUUGACAUGGGUGUGGAGUGGGAAUAUCGGAAUGAUGAUGAUAGAGAAACUGUGCAGACCAUGGGGCCGCUGCGUAAUGGAAUAGUUAUUCUGGUGAUUCCUCAUGGUAGUGCCAAGAUAUCUUUGACUUACAAGUACAUGAUCCAUGAAGAUUCCUUGAAUGUAGAUAACAAUAACGUUUUGGAAGAGGAUUCUGUGUCUUAUGAAUGGGCUUUGAAGAAAUGGUCCCAGUGUUCAAAACCUUGUGGAGGAGGCUACCAGUUCACCAAAUACGGCUGCCGGAGGAAGACAGACCACAAGAUGGUUCAUCGGAGUUACUGCGAGUUGAUCCAGAAGCCGAAGCCCAUUCGCAGGGUGUGCAACCUCCAGGAGUGCUCCCAGCCCAUAUGGGUUACAGGAGAAUGGGAGCCUUGCAGCAAAAGCUGUGGGAAAACAGGGUAUCAAGUUCGAUCUGUCCGAUGUAUCCAACCUCUACAUGAUAAUACAAAUCGGUCUGUUCAUACCAAGUACUGCAACAACAACCGUCCAGAGGGCAGGAGGCCUUGCAACCGGGAGCUUUGCCCAGCGCAGUGGAGAAUUGGACCCUGGUCACAGUGCUCUGUCAGCUGUGGCAAUGGCACGCAGGAUCGCCCGGUCCUAUGCCGGACCAGGGACAAUGCUAUCGGCCUUUGCAAAGAAAAUAAACCGGAGACUGUAAGGAUUUGCAGACUACCUCCAUGUCCAAGAAACGUUUCUGAUCCUUCAAAGAAAACCUACAUGAUACAAUGGCUGUCAAGACCUGAUCCAGACUACCCCAUCCAGAAAAUAUCUUCAAAAGAUCAUUGUCAAGGAGACAAGUCAAUGUUUUGUCGCAUGGAAGUUCUCUCUCGUUACUGCUCGAUUCCUGGUUACAAUAAGCUGUGUUGUAAGUCCUGUAACAUGUACAGCAACAUAACAGAGGUGGACAAUGUAACAGAUUCUAACAUAAAUAAGAAUAAUGUCAUUGAGGAGGAGCUCCUGACCACCCUCAGCCCUCGCAUGGGCCUGUCCACAACACAGUCUGCAACCAGCCCUCCUCUUGUUCCCAAAACACGUCCACCUCCUUCCAAUGCAACUGAUGAGCACCCAGAAAUCAAUGCAGUGGAUGUUCCCUAUAAAAUCGAUGGGCUGGAUAACGAUGUAUCGCAGCACAACAUCAUUACACGGAGAAGGAUACCUUAUGAAAGGACAAGGAAUCAAAGAAUUCAGGAGCUGAUUGCUGAGAAAAGGAAAAAAGAGACUCUUAGGAAAAUAAACUAAGAUGGGAAUGUGGCACAAACAAUGUUUUUCUCUUAUAGAGACGUUACCAACAUCAUGGUAUUGCCCGUGUUGUAGAGACUAAAAAUGAGGAAAAAUCAAAGUGGUGCUAUGGCAAAGAUGCCAAAUUCUGAAGCCUACUAUAAAUGGAAAUGACAGAUUGUUUCAUAAGUGCUAAUCUGAACACUUUGACAGCUAGGUUUACAGGGUAUGGUAGAGUAUUAGUGCAAUAUCAUUACAGCAUUUCACUGAAUCCAAACAAACUGUAGUACCUAGGCCAGGUUAGCAGGUUUCUUCUUUAUGGGCUCUUUUUAAGUCUUCUAUUCCUGUGUGAAACUGCUUGGGAAUAGUAAUGGAAGUUACACUUAGGAUGGAGGAAAACAGUCCCAAGACAUGAUAAACCCUCUUCAUACUGACAAGCAGGUGGCCAGCAUCCUGUGGUGCUUCUGUGCAUUGCAUAAUCCAGGCACUUGCUGGCCCCCAGUUCAGGAGGGUACGCAGGGACAUGCCAGGCUAAGCUUAGGUGACUUUGGUAGAGCUGCCUUGGUGGUCACAGCCAGGCAUGUGCUUACGUAGCUUUCUGAACUGAGCCUGUGUAAGAAAAUAUAUAGAACAUGCCGUAGCUAUAUAUUUAUGUGUAAAUUAAAAACUGGCAAACAGUGCUUUACAUAUUUCCAUAACAAUUUCAAAGGAUUCUCCUAGACUUUUGCAUACAUACAAGACAUUUAGUAGGGUAGAUCGGCCAACUUGGACUGACAACAUCCGAGUCUUUCUGUUUACAAUUAUGCAUAUAUUUGAGUCUUUAAGUUCCUGUAAUGCAACAGCCUCAGUGAUCUUUGUUGGUUGGUGCUUUUUUUAUUGGUAUGAUUUUUUUUCUACCCACAUACUGUUUAACUUAAAGAUGACUGGAUUGUUGUUGCCUUUUCUUUGGUGCUUUGUUAAGAAAACAUUCUUUUUCUCCCAUAGGAUGAGAUUAUUUUGGAGGAAAUACUUUUGUAUUAUCUUCCU